AAAAAAGAAAAAUCAACCGUGAACCCGGUCCAUAUGGUGGUGCUUUCAGUAAAAGUCCCAUAACUUCAUCAAAACAAAACGUUUUUCGAUCGGGUUUGAUUUGCUUUGAUCAGAAAUGAUUGCUCUUCUCUACCUAGUUGCAACAUCAAAACUUCGAUCACGUUUUCCGUUUCUUGCUGGGUACACUGUUGGAAACGGGGUUGCUGAUUUUUGACAUAUUUUUGAAACUUGAUUCUCGAGCCCACCAUAUGGUCUAAAAGUCUUUUUACAAACCGCAAGAAAGAGCACAUUUGAAAGUACUGCUUUUUUUACGGAAAUAAUAGGAGAAGUAGAAGGUUAAGUAAAACAAACCAAAUUUACAAAGUUAUUUUUUUUGCCUCGUGUAUAAUUUGCUUAGUUUUCUUGAUUGAAGUUCUGAAAUUAAAGUUUAGGUACGGAUUUUGUAGAGAAUUUCACAACGCUUCUAUUAAAAAAAGAACUUAUUCUAGGGGACCUAACGAACAGGAGUUAAAGCAAAAAUACCGAGACCGGAUUCACGGUUGAUUUUUCUUUUUUAUGAAGCACAUUUCUAAGCUUAUAACAUUCUUACUAGAUGAGCUAACGGGUCAAUCAAUAGUCACCUUGUAGAGCGCCUUUUACUGCAUCUUUUCUUCAUAGAGAUAAAUUUUUACUGUCACUUGUUUCACUAUAGAAAACUAUAGUUUUCAAAUCGGGUCAGGACUUCUGGGCCACCCUUUACCUCUCAUUCCAUACAUUGAAGCAAGACCGAAGCUCCGUUUCGGUCUUGUUUCAAUGUAUGGGAUGAGCGGUAUACGUAAUAAAGUAAAUUGGACAAAUGUCGGGCAUUAUUUUUACACGUUUCUGAUGUGCUAGAAAGUUAAUUAUUUUUUCGUUAGAAAGAGCAAAGUCUGAACUUCAAAAAACAUAGAAAACCAAACUUUUUGUGGUUUGCUUUGAGUGAGAAAAAGUUUGAAUCUGAAAAAUUUGUUCGAAGAGUACUUCGAGUACUCGCCACACCCCUCGAACGACUUUUUUAUCUGCAUGGUAGUUCGAUAAAUUCAUUAGAUAAGAGCAGAAUCAAUCAUUAAGUUUAAGCAGUAAAAUCGAUGUUACCAUGAUGGCCAGAGGUGUCGAUAAUCUGUGUUGCCAUAUUGUUUUGUUGUUAAUCUUGAAUACGAAAUAUUCAUUUUGUCAGGUUUCGUAAAAUUUGAAUUUAUUUAAUUUUUAAUUAGUUUUCCCGCUAAAAUAUUAUUUUGAAACACUAAAAUGUAUCAAUUUUGUUCGCUGCUUUUUGCUGACUCAACUAACACACAAUCUAAAUUGUUUAAGAAAGAUUUAGAGGAGCUACAAUCAAAUGAUCACAUAUACGAUCUUUUUCGAAAAAUCAUCAUUGGUUUUCUGGAAAUUCCUUGAGUCGAUUACAAAGUUUCAAAAAGCUAAAAGUUUGCAACUUCUGUAUGAAGUUGAAUGGAGGAUGUGAUACUUGAAAAAAAGUCAGGUUUUCCAGACUCCAAUUAGGCUCCGAGAAUUAGCUUACUACUUUAUUGGUGGGAUGGAAGGUUUCCUGCCAUUUGGGAAUGACGUACAGUACUUUUCGCGUAGAAAAUCAUCCGCUCUACACCAUAUAACGUGAUUUACUAAUCACAGUGAAUUUAUUUCAUUGAUAUUUCGACAAGUCUGCUGUCGUCAUUAGAAUGAACAACAAGUAGACGUAUACAUAAACUUUCUAGCAAAAAGACAUUCACAAAAGUAAGAGGAGAGAAAAGAAGGACACGUUGUGUUUUGUGUGUAUAUAUAAGAAGCUCUUCUUAUGUUCUUUAGAACAUGGUUUCCGGGUCGAUAAAACUGCACUCAUAGAGUGCUUAACCAUAAGAAGCGCUUAUAUAUACACACUAAACACAAUGUGUCCUUCUUUUCUCUCCUCUUACUUUUGUGAAUAUCUUCUUACUAGAAAGCUUCUGCUUGUUUUCAUUCUGACGAUGACAGCAGAGUCGUCGAAAUAUCAAUGAAACAAAUGCACUGUGAUUAGUAAAUCAUGUUCAUAGCAGUUGUUUACUUUAUCUCUCGAGUAUUUCGAUUUACAACUGGUCUUCCAAAUCAAUUUAUUACCAUAUAACUUUUUUCGACACGUGUUCGAUUGUCGAGUUCUUGUUGACAUUCAAUAAAAACACAAAGGUUUUGUUUAUACUUUAAAGAACGAACACACCAGGUAUGGCAUGUUUAUUUACCCGAUUCUGAACCCGGUCAACUGUAUGGAUAUCGUGUCGAUGGUCCGUAUGAUCCAUCGAAUGGUCAUCGCUUCAAUGCAAAUAAACUGCUGAUUGAUCCAUAUGCACGAGCCAUCACCGAUACAUUGGAAUGGCAUGAUUCACUGUUCGGUUAUGAUAUUCAAGAUCCAUCUCCAGAUAAAGACUUAACAUUUAGCACGUUGGAUAGUGCACCAUUCAUACCAAAAUGUGUCGUUGUUGAUCCAGCAAAUUUUAAUUGGGGUGGUGAUUGUCCACCAAAAAUUCCCUAUCAUGAAACAAUUAUUUAUGAAAUUCAUGUCAAAGGUUUUACUAAACUUAAUCCAGAAAUCCCAGACGAAAUUCGUGGUACAUAUGCUGCUAUUGCACAUCAGUCAACCAUUGAAUAUUUUAAACAACUUGGUAUUACGGCCGUUGAACUGAUGCCCGUACAACAUUUCAUAACCGAUCGUCGUUUAAAAGAUCAGGGUUUAACAAAUUAUUGGGGUUAUCAAACAAUAGGAUUUUUUGCACCUGAUGUUCGUUAUUCAUCGUCGAGUAAUCACGGGCAACAGGUCUUUGAAUUUAAACAUAUGGUUAAAAAAUUACACAAAGCUGGUAUUGAAGUUAUUCUGGAUGUGGCUUAUAAUCAUACGGGUGAAGGAAAUCAAAUGGGUCCAACACUAUCAUUCAAAGGUAUUGACAAUAAUAAUUAUUAUCGUCUAACAGAAAACGACAGACGAUAUUAUUUUGACUAUACGGGUACGGGUAAUACCGUUAAUUGUAUGUUACCAAAUGUUCUACGAUUGAUAAUGGACAGUCUUCGUUAUUGGAUAAUGGAGAUGCAUGUCGAUGGUUUCAGAUUUGAUUUGGCGGCUACACUUGCUCGUGAAUUACACGCGGUGGAUCGUCUCAGUGCCUUUUUUGAUAUAAUUCAUCAAGAUCCGGUUAUAUCACAAGUAAAAUUGCUUGCAGAACCAUGGGAUUUAGGUGAAGGUGGUUAUCAGAUUGGAAAAUUUCCAUCGGGCUGGGCCGAAUGGAAUGGAAAAUAUCGUGAUUGUGUACGUGACUAUUGGCGCGGUGAACCUAGUAUGUUGUCUGAAUUUGCUGAACGUUUUACCGGUAGCUCAGAUUUGUAUCGAGAAGAACGUCGAGGACCAACAGCUUCGAUUAAUUUCUUGACGGCACAUGACGGAUUUACAUUGAAUGAUUUAGUUACAUAUAACGAAAAAUAUAAUCAUAUGAACGGUGAAAAAAGUAAUGAUGGUGAAAGUUAUAAUCGUUCGUGGAAUUGUGGUAUUGAAGGGCCCACAGAUGAUCCGACAGUAAAUGAACGUCGUGCUUGUCAGAAACGAAAUUUUUUAACAACUUUAUUCUUAUCACAAGGUAUUCCGAUGUUGGUCGCAGGUGAGUCGUUUUUCUAUGUUUUUUACGUUCGUAUUUUAACCCUAAAAGUACCAAAAUAAUUUUCAAACUUUGGAUACCAACAAGGGUCCCAGUGGAACCUUUUUUCUAGCAAGAAACAGGCUUUUUGGAAAAUUAUGGACUUAAAAACAGAAUUUUUAAACAUGUGAUUAGAAAAAUACCGAAACUAGAGUCUCGCGCAUUUUGAUACUUUUAAGGUUAAUAACGCUAAAGAGCGUGUAAUUCUGAGUAACAUAUUAUCUACUAAGUGUCAGCAGAUAGCGAUCACGUGUCUCAGAAAAAGAAAAAACGCACCAGUUCUGCUAUCAAACAACUAUUCAACUCAAAACUUUUAGUAGAGCCAUAGAAUGAGUUUGAGAACAUGAAGAUAACAUCAUCAAAUUUUUAUUGAAAAUAAAAGUUUAUAGCUCGAUUCAAUUACUACCUCCACAGAAAGAAAUAUAUAUAAAUAUGAAAUAAAUAUUAAAUAUAAAUAUCUUAAAUAGCAGCGAAGGAUCGGAUCUAGGAAUUUUGCUGGAUAUGUGUGGUUUCUGCACAAAAAUGCUUAGCUUGCUUGGUUUUCAGAAACUUUUUCAGGUUUUUCCAAAUCGAAAAAGCAUUUUUUAGGAUCAUAUGCUUUUCGAAGAGAUAGGCUAUUAUUUUGUAUUCUUAAAUAAGGCGCCGCUAAUUCAAAAGAAUUGCAAGUUCUUAUUUUUCACUUAAAACUAUAUCAUUCGAUGCAAAAUUUCACGGUGAUUACGAAUAUCACCUUUUGAAUUGAUUUUGAUCCAGUUUUGGG